GCUGAAGCUGUAUAUUCUGUACGAAUAGGUGUUCUUCAGCAUCAAGACCUUGGGUAGGAGAUAAAAAGUGGGUCCCGUUUUAGGCCAAAUAGUAAAUAAAGGACAUAUAUAUAUACAUUAUAUAUAUAAUCAUGCAACCUUCCCUAUGAUUGCAGCAAAACACUAAUGUCUCUAUUUUUUCCUUAUGAAGCUUUGGAUGAACUACCAAGAUCCAGUCAACCACCCACACUGUUUUCUGGCGCUUUCUUGUUUAUAUAUCUACUGGAGCGGCAUUUACACACACUUUACGUAAGGGUUUCGAUGUGAAUAUUAUUUUGAUCUGAAGACAAGAACAGCGUGUUUCUUGUCUGAGUGAACACUUGCAGCAAUAAUCUGGCUUUUGAUACUCAUCCGCAUAGCCAAAUUUAAUCAGCUAUGGACAGUUUGUGCUUGUUAUGCUUGAAAUUGGAAUCAGAAUGCUUAAAUGUGACUUCGCCAGAAUGGGAGGAAGAGAAAAUACUACUGAUUAUUGAAACACAUUUCUGGCCUUUGCAUACUCUAUCGGGCGACAAUAGACUUUGUUAUAAAUGUUGGAAUGUGAUUAAGGAAUUUCAUCAAUUCUAUAUAAGCAUACAAAAUGCUCAUCUGCAUUUGGGAUCUAGAGUCAAAGUGGAGCAACUCGAUACAAAGGAUGAUAAUGAAAAGGAACUCAACUAUCCACCAGCUGAGCCGGAACUCUGCUUCAAAACAGAAAACUGGCAAAUCGAGGAAACUAUAACCCCGGAAAUAGAAAAUACAGAAUCAGGAGAAAUGGCAAUACCGUCUUUUAUGGAAGAUCCUUUGACAAAAUCUAAAUCAAAAAAGAGAAAACGUGGAGUAUGCAAAACAAAAAUUAGCUACCAAGAAAGUUCUCCAAAUUGCAGCGACAGUGACAAUGACAGCGACUAUUUGGAGGAGAAACCUCUUAUCAAUCAUGCUGAAACAGAAAAUAGCAACUCAAUGCAAUUUUCAGAUAAUAAUCAAAGUGAGUCAGAUUACGAGAAUGCUUCCGAUAAGAAACUGGAGACAACAAUGAAGACAAGCAGAACACUGUCUAACUCAUCGAUGAAUCGUGAAUUGGAUGAAUUUGUGGCCACAAAUUUUAAACUCAAUUGUCCAAUUUGUAACAUCGCCAUGCCAACAUUUUCUGAGCUAACCAAACAUUCUGCUGAUAUUCAUAAGAAACGUGGUUAUGUCAAUUGUUGCAAUAAGAAAUUCAUAAGGCGCAGUAUUCUGGUGGAUCAUAUAAAUCGUCAUCUAGAUCCAGAAUAUUUUAAAUGUAAAAUUUGUGAUAAAGUAAUGGCUGAUCGGCGUUGUCUAGAUAAGCAUGUUAAAACCCAUGAAGUUCAGGAAAAGCCCCAUAAAUGUGAUAAGUGCGAUAAGUCCUACUCCAGCUUGUUUGUCUUAAAUAAUCACAAAGCUGUGCAUUUUUCUGAAGAGGAAAAGAAAUUUCCCUGUGAUCAAUGUGGCAAACUCUUUGGCAACAAAUUCAAGCUUUCCGAUCAUGUACGCAUUGUUCACCUCAAGAAGCAUGCUUUAAUAUGUCAUAUAUGUGGUUCGAAAAUGCGUUCUAGAGAACUGUUGAAACGUCACAUACUUAAGCACCAAGGCCUUGAGGUGCCCCAGUUUAGCUGUGAUAUUUGCGGCCUCAAGAUGGCAGAUGCAAACAGCGUAAAACGCCACAAAGCUACCCAACAUCCUGUAGGUGGUAAACAGGAAUAUCGUUGUGAUAUAUGUUUAAAAAUAUCACCCAACCUUACGGCACACAAAAGACAUGUGCAAUAUAAACAUGAAACAGGUUAUAAUUUCCAGUGUACCAUAUGUGAUAAAGCAUUCAAGAGAUCAUGCUCAUUGAAAGAACACAUGGCCACCCAUACCGGCACAGUUUUAUACACUUGCCCGUAUUGUCCAAAGACCUUCAAUUCGAAUGCUAAUAUGCAUAGUCAUAAAAAGAAAGUGCAUCCCAUAGAAUGGGAAAAUGAUCGCAGAGGGAAAUAUUCAGGCAAUUUGCCACCAAACUAUAAACCAUCAACACACACCAUAUCAGAACCAACCCAUUCGAGCCCCCAAGUCUUUUAUUUACCAUUCUUAGAAUGA